AUGGCGGCCAGCAGGAGGCUGAUGAAGGAGCUUGAAGAGAUCCACAAAUGUAGAACGAGGAACUUCCAUAACAUCCAGGUUGAUGAAGCUAAUUUAUUGACUUGGCAAGGCCUUAUUGUUCCUGACAACCCUUUAUACGACAAGGGGGCCUUCAGAAUUGAAAUCCACUUUCCAGCAGAGUGUCCAUUUAAAACCAAGAUCUACCACCCUAACGUUGAUGAGAAGGGGCAGGUCUGUCUGCCGGUAAUUAGUGCUGAAAACCGGAAGACAGCCACCAAAGCCGACCAAGUAAUCCAGUCCCUCAUAGCACUGGUGAAAGAUCCCCAGCCUGAGCACCCACCCCGGGCUGACCUAGCUGAAGAAUACUCUAAGGACCGUAAAAAAAUUCUGUAA